AUGUUGUUCAAAUUUAUUAUUCUUUUCGUUACAAUCAAUUUAUUUGUCGAAUUAGGCAAUGCCGCAAGAACAAAACAAACUGCUCGUCAUGGCGGUCAAACACCACGAGGACGACACAGAACUGAAGAUUCCGAUGAAGAUAAAAAACGUGAUCCAAUUGAUUGUGCUGCAAUUUAUCGCAAUCGAGAACGUGAAGAUUUAGAUAUUACCAGUGGUGUUUACAAAAUAUAUCCAGAAGAUAGUAAACCAUUCAAAGUCUUCUGUGAUAUGAAAACUGAUGGCGGUGGCUGGACUGUAAUACAACGUCGAGGUGAAUUUAGACAUCAAGAAAACUUUUAUCGAGAUUGGAUGGAUUAUAAAAAAGGUUUCGGAGAUAAUACACGUGAGUUUUGGUUAGGAAACGAUAAAAUUUAUACCUUAACAAAUCAAGAUAAAUAUGAUUUACGAUUCGAUCUUGGAGAUUACGACGGAGCAAAACGAUUUGCUGUCUAUUCUGGUUUUCGUAUUGAUGAUGAAUCAACUGGUUACCGAAUGACAUACGAUGCAUUUCGCAAGGGUAAUGCUGGUGACUCAUUAACUGGUGAUGCAAAAACUAACGUUAAUGGCAUGAAAUUUACAACUAAAGAUCGAGAUAAUGAUUUAUCACCAGAAUGGAACUGUGCUCAACAUUUUAAAGGUGGUUGGUGGUAUAGACAAUGUCAUCAAGCAAAUCCAAAUGGUGAACGAGAGAAUAAUAAAUCUAGUGAAGGAAUUAAUUGGUUUACAUGGCAUGGUUAUACCUAUUCACUAGAGAAAACCGAAAUGAAAAUUCGUCCAUCUAACUUCAAAAAAUUUAAAAACUAA